AUGAGGCUUCAAAUUUCAUCUCAGCGCCAGUGGGAGUACCUCGCAGCGGCUUUUGUUGGUGCUUUGUUUGUUCAAUAUGGGGCGGCAGCGCCACUGAGUUCGCGUAGCGAAUUUAGCGACAAUGACCCUUUUGCGAUUCUUGACUUGCAAAACUGGGAAAAUCCCGACAAUAUGACCUGGGACGAUUGGAAAAGUCCCCCAGGGACCAAUUGGUCUGAUCCCACAGUCAAAGGCUCAAAUCGCAACUUCAACAUCGCCCUCGUCACAGUUGAUUAUUCAGAUGGACCAUUCGUGAUAACCCUUGCCCCAGGAUCAACAGUCUUCAACAAUCCACAACCACAUGCGCCAACCAUUGCACGCGAAGCUGUCCCGGCUUUUUAUAGAGACUUUCUGAACAAGCCCAACGACCUCAACAGAGGUCAUACGAUCCACGAGUACUGGAUGGGUGAUUCUGGCGGUCGAUUUGGCGUCGAUUUGACUGCUUUUGGACCUUACAGGAUGCCCUCUAGAGCAUUCCAAUACGGCACCAGCAAUGACAUGAAUCCAAAUGAGUGUCUUAUUGGCUUCCAGUGCAAUCUCAAUAUCCGCACCGAUGCGCUUGGUGCCUGGCGAGCGGAUGUUGGCGAUGCUGUUGCCGACUCGUACGAGCUGGUGUUCAUUUUAUCUGCAGGGCAAGAUGAAUCAUCCACAUGGCAAGAGUUUGGCGAGAUGAAGUUCCAAACGAAGGAGGACGUUCCAGAUUCUUUUGGUCCUCCUGGUCCCAACACAGCAAAUGGAACUCGCAAUUAUGCCAAAACUAGAUACGUUGAAUGGUCAUCUUGGGCAUCUGCUUCCAGUAUUUGGCCAAAUGCCGGAGGUGGAUCAUCGACCCAAGCCGAAAGCUCUGGAAUGGGUACUUACGCUCAUGAGCUUAGCCAUCUCCUCAAUAUUGGGGACAAUUACAACAAUCCUUUCAGUGUGCCUUCUCGUAGGGACUACACCGGACCCUUUUCCAUGCUGUCUCGGGGAUCUUUUAACGGUCCAGGAGGGCCUCACACACGUUGGCAAAUUCCUCCUCAGCAGGGAGGCUCUAUGGGUUCACUACAUACAUUGCGUGACAAAGCUCAAAUUGGGUUGAUUGGCCAAGAAAGCAUUCUUAAAUUAUCUCGCGAAGCACUGGCGACUUCUGGCCUCGUUGUGGCCAGAAUAACUGCUCGCGCUGUAGAACCAAGCCCAGGCGAGUUGAUGGGAGUCCGAGUCGCGAUGAACGCAGACCUAUCCCCAGCAUGCAACAUCAACACGGAUCCAUUCUGUGACGGCGGAGGCUAUAAUAACUUUGAUCUCGAAGUCAUUGACCGAAUGGGUGCCGACUCUUUCCAGCCAGACUCAGGAGUCAUGAUUUCUAAAUCGAAGGACGAUGCGCGAGGAACUUAUCAAUGGACCAUCGACGCCAAUCCUCAAGAUAUCAAGCUUCUGGAUUUCUAUCGUCCGAAUGGAACACCAGCAUACAUCACCGUAGGUGAUUACAGGCAGUUGGCGGAUGCACUUUUCCAUGCUGGCACGCGCUCAGGGAGUGAGUAUGAGUUCGUGGACAAGUCAAACAAUCUGCACUUUUAUAUCGUGGAUGUGAACCGGGAUUCCACUGGCGUGUUAUCCUAUACGACUGCUGUUCGCUCGUUGAACAGCACCACCAGCGACCCUCAUAAACGCAAAGUCGCCGUGAACUGGCUGAGUCUCGGAAGUCGUCCCACCAAGAAGGGCGUUGCUUGCUCGUUCCAAGUCUACAACACUGGCACAUAUUCGUCGGCAGCAGCUGCUGCACCACACCCUCAAGAUGUCACCGCAUACUUGAAGUCAGAUGUUUAUCGGCUUUCGGCUAGCGUGACAGGAUGGGGAUGGAAAGUUGAGUUGCCAAAUGAGUUGGUCACUGCGAAGUUUGGCGAGAAAAAGACUGUUUAUGUAGCUGUCGCUCCUGAUUCACCAUUGGCUUCGUUGGUGGGUAUCGUGAAGUUGACUGCUACGUCAGAGUCCAACCCAGGUGUUUCUGCAUCUGGUUUAUGUUGGGUUAACAGGUUCUAA